AAUUGUGAAUCAUAGUCAAGGCAUUUUGAAUAAUUCCCAAAUCAAAUCUUUUCUCUCAGAUACAGGAAAAGUUGCUUUCGACAUGCUGUCUCUUGCUAAGAUGUCAUCAGAAAGAGAAAAAGACACCAAGAAACAAGCAAGACAUCCUAGUGAAACUUCAGCCUCAGAGAGACCAAUUUCAACAACCACAGCUCUUUAUCACGCUUCAAAGACACUUCAUACUGUAAGGAAACUGGUGAAAACUGAAGAACAAGAGAUGUUUCGAGAAAAGGUAAACAUCGGGGAUCCACAGUCAGAACUCAUAUACCACAGUGAGAAUAACAAAAAUGCUUCCCACAGUCUUUCAACAAACUUCAAGAAUGUAUUUAUCCAAAACCAACCUUCGGACAUCAGCAGUGGGUCAGUGAGCAGCACACCUGUCAUCGCUGAAGUUCCCCACAGCAGUCAGAAAAGUGUACUUCUGGAAGAUGGAAAUCACAGCACUGCGUCACAUUCAACUGCAAGAAUGAGGAUGAUUGAAGCUCAUAGUGCAAUAACAUCCCUCAGCCUUAGCAGGCCGACAAUCCCAGUCAAACAUCCUGAGUCUCACUCUCUGACAGGAAGAGCUGAUUCUUUGAUCUCUGUGUUGAGGAGCCAAACACCAUCUAAACCAACAUCUCAGACCAAAGAACCACUAUUGACUUUGUUACUAAAGGAUUCUGCCAUCAAGUUUGCCUCUGUAACCACAAAGGGAUACCUGACCAAUACGCAAGUUUCUCACACAUUAAACACUGUAAAGAGCAUUGUUAAACAGUCUUUUGUUGAUCCCUCUGCGCAAGUGAAUAAACCGGUUAUGAAAGAAGCAAAAACUCAGAUCUCUACAACAAGAAAUGUUGUUACGCCUGCGAAGUUGUUUAUUUCUGAAUCAAGACGGGACUUUGAUGAUGACACAUCCACACUAAGUCUAACAACACAAUCAAGCAAGUCAUUCUCCGAGAGUCUGACAAUGAGCAGACUUUUAGGGAGUAAAUCAAAAAUCACUCAGGAAAGGGUUCCUGAUGUUAGGAAUGAUAAAAAUGUGGCAUCAACAGAGCAGUCUUUUGAAAAACAUAACAUGGAUAUAAACAGAGAAUCCCUCAUAGUACAGAGUCUGAAGCCAGGUGAUAAAAAUGAGCAGGUGUUGUCUGCAGUUGCAGAAGAUGAGGACAAAAAGAUUAUCAAGAAGGAGGGCGAGGAGGGUGAAGAAAUUAAAGAAACAAAAGAGAUACUAAAGUUGCAGGAAAAAGAGGAGAGCGGGGAAGAUGAAAAGUUGGGGAACAAAAGAGGAGAAUUAUUUAGAUCAGAUAAAACAGAAAGUGAAAAACGAGAAAAAAUAAUUAGUGGAGUAGAGAUAAAUCCCAAAAGAGAUGGAGAGCAUGAGGCCAAGGCAAGUGGAGAGGAAGGUGAAGGGGACAUAAGAACAGAGGAUGUAACACUGAGACAAAAUAAAGAUCCAACACAAGGGGAAGUGGGGGAAAAAGCGUCUUUGAUAAAGGAAGGAGCAGAGGCUGGAAGAGAGGAAGACAUUAAACAUAACGAGAAAAUUGGAAGAGAGGACAUAACAAAUGCUCCCCUUGGGCCAGCUACUAAUUCUGAAGAACUUUACAGAGGCAAAGGGCACACUGUUACAAACCUGUCUUGCUGCUACAGUUUAAAUAAACAGUUGGGAGCCACUGAGUACCGGGACAUUGAUCUGGGUGAAAAUAUCGCACAAAUUGUGGAAAUGAAAAAUAAGCCAUUUUCCUAUGAAGUGACAAGCAAUCACAGACCACUACACUCAACUGUAAGAUCUCAGAGCCUGAAACUAUCACGAAUGACAUCUUUUCCCAGACAGCUGUACACACAGAUUAAACCUCAUCCAUCUACCCACAGGGUUAUGCUUGCAAAGCAUGGAGCUACAUCUUCACUUACUAAAGAAAAAACUGAGAACAAAGUUGUUGAGGCCACAUUUUCUGUGACUGGCAUACCCAAAACGAUCCCAAAACUAUCUCAAACAUUCAGAGUUGGCACUUCAAAAUUUAGUGAUGCAUCCCACCCAACUAUUUCCCCGCACAUUGCAACUAAAUCAGCCCAUCAUGUACUAAACAGUAUCAGUAACGUGUUAUCACUCACCAGCCCGCGAUUGCCAAUCACAGCUGGGUUCCUGCGAGCUCAGUCCCACUUUACCAUAAACAGUUCUACUCACAGUGCAUCAAUUAUUUACAGCAUCUCGGAUCGCAGGCAUAAAUUCAGUACUUCAGUUUCGAAGGCAAAUCCAGUAUCACAGCCUACAAAUCAGAAAGAGCAGAACACUAUACCUGCACAUAUAUUUGAAUCCGGCGUCAAGGACCAUUUAACCUCUAGCAUGAUUGAAGAAGUGAAUAUAUCCACUGCGGUGACUCCUGUUCUGCCCCAGCAGAUGCAUAAUGACUCAUCUACCAGGCCACCCACAACCGCAGCCUUGUCAUUUGAGGCCCACGUUUCCGUAGACCAGUUGCAGCCUCACCAAGGGCAAUCUGCCCCUCAGACAAGUCAGUCCCCCCCCUCCUCCUUUGACAUGACUUCAGGCCAGCCAUGCUCAUUUAAACUGUCAGAGCAGACAGCCCAUUCAGAUGCUUUGCAUGCUCCUGUUGAUGAUAACGAGCAGAGAUCUGUACAGACCCUAAUGGCAUCAAUGAGCCCUAAAGCAAAGAACGAUCAAUUUCCUCUCAGCAGCAUGUCACCACUACUAAAUUUCAUGCCUUUUGGAGGUGACAGUUUACCUGGCAUCUAUCGUCUAACAGGAGUAACAAAAUCAGUCUCAGAAAAAGAAAUAUUGAGGGCCAACUCCGAUGCUGAUUAUGCAAAUAGUGAAAGAGGCCGUGCUGAGUCCUUGUUAGGGACUGCUGAUGAGACAAAUAAAACUGAGGAGAAUGCCAGUCUGCAAAAGGCGGUGACCUUGGCAGUAAAGCAUUCAGAUACAGUCACUGAGGAAAUGGCAGAAAACAGAGAUGAAGAGAACAGUUCCCCUUUAAUAGCACAAGCAAUUGGCAAGAGUAAACACCACGCCAGUAACACAGAUGAAUUCAACUCUUUGUCUAUAAUACAGACUGAGAAACUAGCAGAAAAAAACACUAAUGAGAACAACCGCAAUGACCUGUUUAAUGUAGGAGACGAUGACGAUGCAAUCAACACAGUGAGAAGUCCUCUCGAGAAUAAUCAUCUCUCCCAGUUAGAAGAUUAUAAUGAUAACUUUAUUUACACGGAUAAUGACACAAGUGGUAGGCCCAUUAUGUUUGGAAUUUACACCACCCAAACGAUUGAGCAGGCAGUAAAUGAGGAUUUUGUGCCUGUUACAAGUGAUUUUGCCAUACCUGUCCUUGACACAAAUGAUCGAACUAGCACUACUGCCUUUGUCGAAUCAUAUAGUCUGGCCCAAACGCCCCAAAUACAGACUAAUGAUGUGACUAACAAUGCUAUUUCUGAUAUGAAGCGUCAUGCAGCAAAGACAACCGAAAAGCAGCAUGAUCCCUCCACACCACGAGGCACUCUGGGUGACAGCACUCUCCCUGUUACACACAUUAAUUUCAGAAGUCACCUUAAGGUCUCCAAUAUAUCCACACAGCAGAUUGCUGAGCAGAUAAUGAAUGUUUCUUCUGAUUUUCAGAUAACCACCACUAAAACCAAUGAUUUUGUAUCCCUGGCACCCACUGCAAGACUUAUUGUGCCCACAGAAGCUCAUGAAUCAGAGCUGACCACUAGCGAGAGUGUGCAAGCCGUUAUUGAAAAGUCAUCUCAGGUUACACAUGCUGAACGUAUAGUACAUACUGAUAGUCAUAUUGAGCCUUUGUCACUGAGAGACACUCCCGCAACUCCCACUAUGAGCAGACUCCAGACCCCUGCUGUGAAAAAAAAGACCACGACAGAAACACAACGUGCGCCUGAGCAUGAAAUUUCUAUACAGCCUAUCGAACAAAGCCAGCAGGCCCCACCUGGUAUGAUCGCAAUAACACCUUCUAUCAAUGACCCCGGAGAGGUCGUCCAGGCAGGUUUGUUAAAUGCUGCCUACAGAGAUGGAGAGGCACAUGACACAACACAGAGCAUAAUAGUGGAAUAUUCAUCAUUUAAAGACAUCAAAGCAACUCUGACAACAAAGAGUGUUUUUGAAGCCACACGUCCUCCACACGAGAGGCCUCCUACAGUGCACACAUUAAUCAGAGCAGACCAACAUAAGCAUGCAUUACCUGAAAAGACCUCAAUAAGUCAAGUGAUACUUGGAGCUGUGACUGAUUCUGUACCACCUACGGGGAUCUCGCCCAUACAGAUUAUUAAUAAAACCAGCUGUAGGACAAUAGGCUGUGCUAAGUCAGCCGAGACAAGUGAAACAACAAUUGGAGCACUUGAGAUGGAUCAUAUCGCUCCAGAGGAAAUGUAUGAAACAAAGGCUGGAAACACCAGGAAAGAAUAUUUUAACGGAGCACACGACACAAAACAAGAAGAUGGCAACUGUAGCACUAACUGCCCCGCACCUGGAAAGGCAACACCACAGGUGACCAACCUCGACUAUACAGUGCUUCCACCAGACACUAGUAAAUCUGAUCAUCGGCAUGCCACUGCAAAUGAGACUGCAAUGAAAAAUACCACGAGUGUGACCUAUGAAAGUUCAACAAAAACAUGGAGAGUCCUUGUUGAAAGUGAUCACUUAGAGGGGCGUGAGACAAAGAGUCAGUUUGUAGAGAAAACAACACAAAGACAUUUUUACAGAGAGGCUUCUGAAGCUCAGGAGGCUAUUGCAGCAGAGGUCACUUUAUAUGAACCUGAAGCAACUACUGUGCAGACCAUUGUAAAGACUUCUGAGCGGACUCUGCUCACUGGAAAAAAGACAAAAACACAAUUAAAUAGAGGAGCAGCCAAAGCUGAGAUAUUUGAGGCACAAAAUGCCACCAGGUCAACACGUGUUGUGUCUAAAGUGGAGUCUGGGCGCAGGCUGUUACUGCUGGAGUCUGAAUCAGAGCUGCCAAGGCUGAAUCACAGCAGAAGGACCUCACCUCAUCUGUAUCUCUCUGGUGUGACAGAAGUUUCAGAUGACCUGUGUGGCAGUGGAAACUACACAGCGGAGAUGAGCCUGAACCUGGGGAGAGGUGUAGAGCCAGGUGACGCUGUGCCUGCCAUGGGAAACCUCAGGGUUGUCAUCAACCUGAAGACAAACAACAGUCGAAUAAACCUUGAGGUCACCUCCUGUUGCCUGUCCCCGACCAUCCAGCCUGAAGUUGCCAACUCCACCUGCUGCCUUUUCUCCAGGUUAGCAGCAGAGCCAGCGGGGAUCACGUUGCUGCCCACUGCCCUGUCAACCAGUGCCAGCUUCACCAUCAGUCUCUUUCAAAUGAUUAAUUACUCAGUAGUGUACCUACACUGUGAUCUCAGUGUCUGCCUGAGGAACCGCUCUGACUGUGAAAGGCAAUGCCUUCAGCAGAGGAGUGCAUUUUCCUUAGAGGGCCCAGAGGCUGUUGUCACCAAUCUCAGGAAUCGCAUAUCCUUUGGUCCCAUGCUGAAAGAAGUGAAGAAUUCUACCUUCCCGGAGGAGACGGACCCAGCAGAGCUGGACCUGGUUCUGGUCAUCGUCAGCCUGGCGGUUGGCUCCUCUCUUGUCACAGUGACGCUUCUGCUGGUGUGGCUGGCCUACCGUCGCCGGGCAAUCUGGCUGCUCCACUCUGCAGCUCCACCACGAGCCUGCUGUGGCUGUCUGCGGCCAGGAGAUGACUUGAUCCUACCGUGACCAAGGAGGAACCACUGCCAAUUACACUGAUCACGUCCUCACCAAAAUAGCUGCCGACAAUUACAUUAGUCAACAGACAGUGGAGCAGUCAAUCAUAUUAACCGUAGAGCAGAAGCGGCCAGUCGUAUCAGCCAGUAUAGGCCAGACUAGACGAUGAGGAGCAAUCCAAUUCACACCUCCUCUCAUAGGUGGCACAGCUGUUGCAGUCGAAUUUCACACUUAACCAUGAGCAGUCUAUUAUCAUUCACUGAAAAUAAACACCACCCCCAAAUAGAAAAGCUGCUCUGAUCCCUUUAUGUUCCCUCAGUGGCAACAAAUCAAUACUCUUUGUAUCCCACUUUGAGAUUGGCAGAUCAUUAAUAUACUGGUUUAAUAAAA